ACCCGGCCCUGAUGAGGAGGCUACUGGCCCUCCUGGCCUUCUGGGCUGUGACUGAGUCCUCAGAGGCGAACGGCCCAGAGUUGCUCAAACACCUCAGAUUCCACUCGACCAACUUUGAAAACAUCCUGAUAUGGGAACGUGGCAAAAACAGCACCCCGGAAACCGUCUUCAGCGUCGCCUAUUCCAUCUAUGGAACGAAGCGGUGGCAGGAGAAAGGGGGCUGCCAAAACAUGACUUCUCAAUCGUGCAACCUGACGGGGGAGACCGGAAACAUCUGCGAGUACUACUACGCCCGAGUGACGGCCCUCACCGAGAGCGGCCUGUCAGCCUCCUUCAAGACGCACAGGUUCAACCCGAAAACUGAGACCGAGCUGAAGCCUCCGGACGUGACCUUCGACCCCGGCGUGGACUCGAUUCGGUUCAUCCUGGGCCCGUCCCUCACGCUGGCCAGGGACCCGAGCGGCUCCCCGCUGGCUCUGGAGGACAUCUUCCCCAACCUGCUCUACCACCUGAGGAUAAACAUCAACCAGACCCACCACAUGAUCAAGGAGGGGAAGGAGAAAGAAUACGUAUUUCCCGGUUUGGCCCCCGACACGGAGUAUAGCGGCACCGUGGGCAUUCUGAUCCCCAACUUAGCCAAGCACAGCCCGACCCACAAAUUCAGUGUGAGGACUCUACCAGACCGAACCUGGACCUACUAUUUCUCCGGAAUGUCCCUGUUCACCAUGGGAUUCCUCGUCGCCGUGGCCUGUUUUGUGACCUACAAGUACAUCAACAAGCACAUGCAGCAGCCCCGUGUCUUGCAGGACCUGCAGAAGGUUCUGACGUACCACCCGCUGAAGUUCACCCGGGAGCACGUCCUCACCCCGGUCUGUGACCUCGCCCCGCCGGCCACCCCUGCUCCCCCAGGGCCGCACCCCGAUCUGAAGGAGGCCUCCAAGACGCCCCAGGGUUUGCCCAGCUGCCCGGAGACCACCUACGUCGAGCGGGACUCCGACCACGCCGGCCUGGCCCCUUUGCGGAAGAGCCCGUCCCCCCAGCCCUACACCCGGCGGCCCUCUCUGCCGCUCACCCCGCCGCCCCCUUUCUACGGGGUGUGCGUGGUGGGCGUCGAGUGCGACGGCCAAGGGUCGCCUCUCCCCCAGAAACACACCCGGGACGAACCAGGCCUCCGGCUCCAGGUUCGGGCUCCGGCAGCCGGGUGGUUCCCCAAAUCCAUCCAGGAGAGGCGGAUGGCCGUCCCCGGGGGUGACCGUCAGCACCGGGAUGACCCGCGUAUAUUCCCGCUAGACCUGGAUUUGCGUGUCCAGGCCUUGGGGCUGCGGAGGGACUGGCAGGAGGUCAGCCUGCCCCUCCUCCACCCGCCGUGGACCCCGGCCGGGGGUGGGGGACUGGAGUUGGAGGCCCGGGGCUACCUCCAGCGCCAGAACCUGGCCCCGGCCUCCCUCCUCUCGUCCGUUCAAGUGGACGGCGACCCCGAAGCGGAAGAGCCUGGGCCGGAGCGCUGGCAUCUGCUCAGCUCCCUGGUGGGUCCCCAAAGCGAUCUGGGCCCAGGGGGGCCGCCGGGCGGCGAGGGGAUCCCCGGCUCCGGCCCAGGACCGGGAGAGGCCGGAGCCCUGGACUGGUUGUUCAGAGACUUGGACCUCACGGUGCAGUGGGAUUCCUGACUGGUGGUGCCAGCUAGACUCAGUGCCAACCCAAAACGUGGGCAGCGAGAGUCCCUACUGGGGAAGGGGCCGGGCUGUCCCCAUAUCCCAUCCUUCCCUCCCUGCCCACCGUGGCUUCCGGCCCUGUCUGGUCCCGGAGCCUCGGAUUUCGGCCCCUCACCUCUGACCGAUCAAGAACAGGCUUUUCAUUUCAUUCAUUCAUUCAUUCAAUUGUAUUUAUU